AUGUGGAGCACCAUUGCCAAUUUGAAGGAGAACUUGAACAAGAUUGCCCUCGAUGUUCACUACGCCGACGACGACGAAGACGACGUCGUUUUCGCUUCGUACGGAUUCCAAGCCGACGGCGAGAGUCCUUCCGUCUCCGAUCGCCGGAAUUCUCGUGGCUCCGCGCACUCCAAUUCGAUUCCUAGAUCGCCGGCUCCAAACGGAAAUUCAGAUGAUUCCUAUGGUUCCGAGAUAGAGCAAUAUAGAGCAGAAAUCAAGAGACUUCAAGCAUCUGAAGCGGAAAUUAAAGCACUAUCAGUUAAUUACGCAGCUCUAUUAAAAGAAAAAGAGGAUCACAUCAUUAGACUGAACAAAGAAAAUGGCUCGUUAAAACAGAAUUUAGAAGUUUCUAGCCCUGCAUCUUCAAAUGGCAACUACAAAGUCAAGGGAAGCAGUGACCAGUCAUCUAGUCGACAACAUAGGUUUGCAACUCAAACGAAAAACCGUUAUGCUACAAACAACGGAACCAUGUCUACUUUGGAAUCCAAUGCAAUUCCGAGUAAGAUGGUAUCUGACCAUUCAGACUUACAAGGAAAGGACAAGGAGCUAGCAGAUUCGGUAGAAGGAAAAAAUAGCCCCAGAGUAGCAACACAAGUACUGCAUCCUCAUGAGAUACAAAAGUUGAAGUUGGAACUGGAGCAAGAACGAGAUAAAUUGGCAAACAUUCAGCUACAAUUCCACGAGGAACAGAAAUUGAACCAGUCUUUCCAAGAGGAGCUUAAAUUAUUAAAAUUGGAAAGAGACAAAACUACAGAUGAGGUGAGGCAGUUGCAUAAUGAGUUGAAUGAAAAAGUAUCAGAAAUAAAACGUCUGCAAUUGGAGUUGACUAGACAGGAAGGUGAAGAAGCAGGCAAUGCUAUGGAUAGCUCUAAACGACUAAUAGAAACUUUAGAGAAGGAAAACACCACUCUUAAGAUGGAAAAAAGUGACCUUGAGGCUGCUCUCAAAGUAAGUAGGGUGUCUUUCCCUGAUAAGAAGUCACCCGAUGCUUCUCAAAUCCAGAAUAAGGAUUCAAGCACUGUCAGUGAUUUGUCAGAUCCCUCCAAAAGUUUCCCUGGAAAAGAAGACAUGGAGAUAUCCUUACAGAAGAUGAGUAAUGAGUUGAAGAAAACACAACAGGAGAGGGACAAAGCAUUACAAGGAUUGACCCGCCUUAAACAACAUUUGUUAGAGAAGGAAAAUGAAGAGUCAGAAAAAAUGGAUGAGGAUACCAAAAUCAUUGAAGAGCUACGGGAUAGUAACAAUUACUUAAAGGCUCAAAUAUUUCAUCUCGAGAAAGUUCUGAAGCAAGCUACUUCAGAUCAGGAGAAACUGAAGAUGGCAAACAGCAGUGAAGUUCUGAAGUCGAGAGAAGUCAUUGAUGACUUGAACAAAAAGCUUACAAACUGUAUAAGCACAAUAGAUGCCAAAAAUACUGAACUGAUAAAUUUGCAGACAGCUCUUGGACAGUAUUAUGCUGAAAUUGAAGCUAAGGAACAUUUAGAAGGAGAGUUGGCUCGUGCAAGGGAAGAAACAGCUAGUCUUUCUCAACUGUUGAAAGAUGCAGAUUCUAGAGCAGAUAUAUUGAGGGGUGAAAAAGAAGAAAUUUUAGCCAAGCUCUCUCAUUCUGAGAAGGUACAGUCAGAAUGGAGAAGUAGACUAAGCAAGAUUGAGGAAGAAAAUGCAAAAUUGAGACGAGCUCUUGAGCAGAGUAUGACACGGCUAAAUAGAAUGUCAGUGGAUUCUGAUUUUCUUGUUGACAGGCGCAUUGUGAUCAAACUCCUUAUAACUUAUUUCCAGAGAAACCACAGCAAAGAGGUUUUGGAUCUAAUGGUUCGCAUGCUGGGGUUCUCUAACGAGGACAAGCAAAGGAUAGGCCUUGCUCAACAAGGUCCAGGAAAAGGUGUUGUCCGUGGUGUUCUUGGGUUGCCUGGCCGCCUUGUUGGAGGUAUUUUAGGAGGAAGUUCAUCUGAAUCAGCUGUAAAUGUGGGAUCUGAUAACCAGUCCUUUGCAGAUAUGUGGGUUGAUUUCCUUCUCAAAGAAACAGAAGAAAGAGAAAAGAGGGAGAUGUCUGGAAGCACAGGUGAACCACCUUCAAAUACUAAUUCUGCUUCUUCACCGCCUUCAAAUCAGAGGUUUAGUACUGGAAAUGCACCAAUCAGUUCACCUACUAAUCAGAACAGCAGUCCUCUCUCUCAUGGAUAUUUUCAGCAUUCUGAACAAAUUGGUUCAGAAUUCUCAACAGUUCCCCUUACAUAUUCAGAUAGCAGAACAACUAGUGCAAAACUUCUUCCUAGAUACUAA